AGCCAAGAUGACAAUGCUGCUGCUCGUGCCUAAAUUCCGAAAAGUAGAAGUAUCCAUCGGGUAUGUUGAUACUGUCGUACCAGUAUUCGUAGAGAGUCUCACCGAUCGCGACCGUUAUCAAUCUUCUCAAUUGGUCGCCGAUAUUGCCAUUGGCGAGAUCCAUCAAAAAGCAAUCAUUCCAGAAAACCUUUCUUUCCAGAUACACGACUUUGUGAUUAGCAUUGCUAUCGGAUCAUGCCUCCGAAGAAGAAGGCUAAGGUGAAGAAGUAGGCUACGGAACGAGCACCAAAUCUUGAUGCAGACAGCAUGGUAUGCUGCUAGUUGAACAUCAUGAAUGCCAUGAGCGGCACCAACAAUAACGAAGACGACGAGAUGAAUGGUCGUUUUAUUUCCCGGGAUGUGCCUGGAUCAGGAAGUGUUGCCCCUGCGGCUGCACCAGGAUUUGCGCAACCACACGCGAGCAGCAACGGGAGUCAGUGAGUUGCAAACGAGCAUGAGCAACCAAAAUGCUGAUAGUACCGGUACGAACGACCCUGAUCAGGAGGUCGCGAUGCGCCGCGCUCGAAGGCGAGAGUACUUCCGGGGACUGGAAUGCGAGCUUGUUGCAUCCAGGUCGACAUCCUUAUCGCGACCAUUGACGGAGACUGAAGAAUACCUGCUACGAGAAAUUGCUCAAGUGGAGGAGCGAAUAUCUCACACGAGCUGUAGUAACCUAGUAUCCCCCUGCAUGUGCUGGUUAUGUCAAAAUGAACAAAGAAAGCGAGAACAUAGUACUGCCAAUUAGUUCUUGUAAAAAAAAAACGACGAGAGGACAUUAUUUAAUACUGGAAGCGGAACAAGGACAUCGAUGUAACUUGUUCACUUCGCGCGUUACUGUUACAUUAUUUUUCAGCAAAAUAAUUAUGAAUGGGACUGAUUAAUACGGCUUGUUUGCAUGAUGUGUCUUGCGGGGGCGCUCGGAUGGCUUUUUAGUACUGAUACAGCUCCGUCAUGAGCAUGGCGCCAAUUCUCCAACUGUUUCUAACAGAGAUCGAGUCAGUGCGUGGUGGAAUGAUGGACCUGAACAACCAGUUGGUCGGACUGAAAGGCCAGGUCGGAAAACAAGUCGACGAAAGAUUAUCGAAGUUCGACGCCCGUUGGAACGCAUAUUUAAGCUGGCGUAUUGCUCCCUAAUACAUAGGUCUGAUUGACUUGUUGUCUUCAUCACUUCAAUUUUUUUAUCCUGCGUCAUGGUCAGUUCUUGCGAUAGCGAUAGACAGAGACACUGAAUGGCACUGCGGUUUCCGUCACGUAUACUUUCCUUGGACAUCAUAGUUGGGAAACAAGUGAUGCAUCUUUCAAGAAAAUUGUUAUCAGAAGGUCGGAUCAUGCACAAAUUCAAAUGCCGCUUUCAGGUGAAUUAAGUGUCAAGGCGCAUUUAGAGGAAAAUGAUGUGGACGUAGAUGACCUGGCGGGCGGCAUGGACAAACGAGCGUUAGCGUUACUGGACAUGACAUCUGAACAAGUAAUCCUGUCUUUUUUGGACGAGAUCGGCAGUGAUAUGGGCGCUUGCAUUAACAAUCCCAAUUUCACGGAGACAGACCGCAACACUGCCGCAAUGGUCAAGGAACUCGUGGUAUGAAAUGCAAAAAUGUCUGGGUCUGGAAGAGUGUGAACUUGUCAUGCAGGUUUUCCAUGGCCCUUGAGGUCUGGAAUGCGGGACCUAGCAUGACAGAGUCUGCCAGGUCUCUUUCAUGCCUAUCCUGCAUGAGACACUCCCUCCCAACUUGGUCGAAAGUGGACAGCUUUUGGCACUCAUGCAACACAGAUUUUUGCAUGAUUCGGAUUUAGCAUGAGAAAGUGCAAUCUUCCAGACCCAGACAUUUUUACAGUUGAUACGUGGCGGAGGACAAAAAGAACCUGACUUCGAACAUCGGCUUGUUCUGUACCCGGCGUGGAAUUGCACGUACGUCUUUCCGAUUUUAUUUCAAGCUGGAGCUCAUUCAAAAUUAAUACAAAUCUUUCAGGAGAAGAGAAGUUUUGAUGUCAGUCUAGGAUAUUGAUGGUCAUUCACUCUCUACUUGAAUUCACAUACAAUGUUUUUCUUGUUGUAACUCGCUUGACCAUGUACAUGUUCAUACAACUCACUGUGUGGGCGAAAUUUUAGUUUUCGUAUUUGUUGUGGAGGUUUCUUUUUCAUAAAAACAGCCUUGCUGGACAUUGCGGAGGAUAUUCUCGACAUCUUGAGUCACUACAAACCGCUGCUGGAAGCAAAGGCCAAGAAUGUGAUCGUUAUCAGCUUCCAACUCCUGCACAGGUACAGUUUCACACACAGAAAACUAUGUUCCUUAUACCCACGCCCCUCUGAGCAUGCUGUGCUUGUUGACACAGCAUCGACUAAUGUCGACCUCGACGUAGAAGAACAAGAAGUAUGAGUGCGACUCAUCCUGUUAUAUUUUUGGCGUGCUUCUUGUCCUUUUAUAUUUGUCUCCGAUUUCCCUGUGUCUUGAGUACUCAUGGUCAUGCCCUCUUCCUGAAGCACCUACGCUCAUGGCAGAGUAGCACGACACGACCGUAGUGCAGUGCUCAUAUAUUUAAGUAUUAUUCAAGCUCAAUCUUCACUCAGGAUCCUGACCGAACUAUACAACGGCGUUUCGCAGCCGGACGAGCAGUAUGUAGCUCCGAAGAAAAUGAGCCGGGCUCUGACCGGGCUAAACAAGUGGCUCGAGCACGUGGCGAAGAUGAUGGGUAGUAGUGCGGCUCCUUCUCUCCCCCAUGCUUAAACGCUGGCGUUGGACAGCAGCACUGAGCCCUUUCCUCUCACAGUAUGUUUCCUCUCACAGUUGUAUCUUCAUGCAGGUACAAGCGCGUGUGGCUGUCGGUGUGUGUAAGUCAUGAAUCUGAGUUUGUUGUAGCAUAGCUAUGAACGACAAGUCAAGCAACUAGUAUCUCGAUGCACACCGCAAAAGUGGUCCGUGUUAUUGUGUGCCUAGUUGUUUGGUGCCUGUAGUUAUCGUUGUAAUCAUGGCGCACAAGUUUACUAGACCUAGAGCACAAUGUUUAUACCGGGUAUACUAAAUGACUGACAUCUACUAUCGAUAUUUAUUUUUGUCUGAUUUUUUGGACAGCGAUUGCGACACUGAGACAUGCACAUGCUCCUCACACUUCCACGGUCAUAACAAAUCCAUCGCUCUGCUUUAGGCUUUACCUCCCUCUUCGAACCUUCGAAUAUCAAAAGGACAAUUACGCAGUUUCGCCAGACUGAGACUGUGUUCGCAGCUUCUACAUGUUUAUGGAGAUAAAAUCCAAAUGGUGUUUCUUGGCUUCAUAAUUGAUUCCAUACCUUCUGUACACAAUGCCGCUUUUUCAAGCUGAGCAGAUGCAACAGUAUAUCGUGUCCGUUUUGGAUUAUCCGAAUCAAGUCAAGCACCGGCUGACGAAGGCACGGUCGGAGUGUUCUACUUGCGGCACUCCCCUACGGUGCUCCAGCGCAUGCUAGUCUACGCCGCCCCCGCGACUCGACGGUGGCUUUGGGGGAUUGCGUGUUCCUCCC